GCGCCACUCUCGCACUGCCGCAGUCGGCUUCGUUGGUUGACAGAGUGCGUAAGAACUUUACGUGCGUUUUGCCUCUCGGAAAAGUGAAAAUUCAUCGGAAAAGCAUCGAUUCCGAUUGGAAAAUGAAAGGAGUCGAUAAGCGAGAAUCGUUCUGAAGAUGCGUUCGUUCCGCGGGUGCUCCAGCGUAUUUACGUUAUGUUUUUAGGUUAGGCGUCGCUCUGUGUGUGUGUGUGUGUCGCUUGCUCCGAAAUUUGUUUUUCUCUGUCUGCUAGUUAAACUACUUUGAAUUUUGAUUUUUUGACUGUAGAAUCAUGGCAUUGCACAGUGGACCUCCGAAGAGGAAGGAAAUUUACAAAUACGAGGCCCCAUGGCCCUUGUACAGCAUGAAUUGGUCCGUGAGGCCAGACAAGAGGUUUCGGCUGGCUCUUGGCAGUUUUGUAGAGGAAUACAAUAACAAGGUGCAGAUCGUUUCACUGGAUGAGGAAACGUCUGAGUUUGUUGCCAAGAGCACCUUUGAUCAUCCAUAUCCAACGACCAAAAUUAUGUGGAUUCCGGAUAGCAAAGGACUGUUCCCUGAUCUUCUGGCCACCUCUGGUGAUUACCUACGGGUCUGGCGAGCCGGCGAACCCGAGACUCGCAUGGAAUGCGUUUUGAAUAACAACAAGAACUCGGAUUUCUGCGCACCUCUGACUUCCUUCGAUUGGAAUGAAGUCGACCCGAACUUGAUCGGCACAUCUAGCAUAGACACGACCUGCACGAUUUGGGGCCUUGAAACCGGACAAGUACUUGGUCGCGUGAACCUCGUAACUGGUCACGUUAAAACACAGCUCAUAGCCCAUGACAAAGAAGUUUACGACAUAGCCUUCAGUCGAGCAGGUGGAGGUAGGGAUAUGUUUGCUUCAGUGGGUGCUGACGGUUCAGUACGCAUGUUCGACCUGCGGCACUUGGAGCACUCGACCAUCAUUUACGAGGAUCCGCAACAUACGCCGCUGCUGAGGCUCGCCUGGAACAAACAGGAUCCUAACUAUCUCGCCACCGUCGCGAUGGACGCCUGCGAAGUCAUCAUACUCGAUGUGAGAGUUCCAUGCACACCGGUCGCGAGGCUAAACAAUCACAGAGCAAGUGUGAAUGGUAUAGCCUGGGCGCCACAUUCGUCAUGUCACAUCUGCACAGCAGGCGAUGAUCACCAAGCCUUGAUCUGGGAUAUCCAGCAGAUGCCGCGAGCCAUAGAGGAUCCUAUCCUGGCUUACACAGCUGCCGAGGGCGAGGUCAAUCAGAUACAAUGGGGCGCGACACAGCCAGACUGGAUAGCCAUCUGCUAUAACAAGGCUGCGGAAAUUCUUCGAGUGUGAAUCCGUAUAACUCAACUUUUCUUUCGUUUAUUGUCAUUAUUAUUGCGAAUGUUCUGGACGAACGUUGGCUCGUCAAGUAGAACGGGGACGUCGUGACUUAUGUUGCCGGCUGAGUAAUCUAUGGGGUAAGAGGUCUUUUCUGAAUCUUUGAUUUUUUUUUUAUGUAGAGAGAUGACACUGUCAAUAACUUGUUAGAUUUACAGUCACUUCGAGUCCGAGUCUCACAAGUGAGGAAAUUACGAUCAUGUCACGGUUUUAAAAUACUUGUUAUAAAGUUAUCACAUAUCAGAGUUGGGUAUUUUCUGCAUGGUUGACAAAAUCUGAAUGUCCGAGUUGAAAAUGUACAAGCAUGAAGUUCCAGUUAUUAAAAACAAAAGAGUUUAUUUUCAAGUUUCGUUUCGCGUUCCGUUUUUACUCAGCCGGUGAAUCAAACAAUCAAUCAAGCAACUUCCGCAUACAGGAAAUCCUGUAAGCGAUGACGUUAUCGAUGUAUUUUAUUUCUUCGAUGAAGAUCACAAUAUUCUAUGUACGUAGUGUAUACCCUUGAAACUGACAAAGCACAGCAAGUUUCAGCUCCGAAGUGAUUUCGGAGUCUUGCGCACCAACUUUUGCGUUUCCUGCGACGCGGAAUGUCGAGAGGACGUGGAAUAAUUAUUACCGACUAUGUCGUGUUUGAUUUUUCAUACUGAGCAAUCCCAGUAAUUACGUGUAACAUUGUAAAAUGAUGGAAUUCUGAUCAUCGCGCUCGUUCAAUAACUACCAAUGCCAAACAUUUUACAGUGCUGCAUGUGGAUAAUAAUCGCACGAAUGAGAUGAGAAGUGUUUUGUCGGUAGUGUAAUCGAAUUAUCCUCUAGAAUUGUAAAAAAAUAUUUCUGUUCCAUUUUGGGACACGACGUGAGGAAGGGUUAGGAAAGUGAAUGAAAAAAGAGAAGGAAAAUAAUCAAUUUCGCUAUAAUUAAUCGAUCAGUGACUGAAGCGACUUUUAUAUUAUGAAACAAUGACGCGAGUCAGGCAAUGUAGGAUUUAUGAUUGUUAUUGUCCUUUAAUUUAGCGUAUGGAUAAGAGAAAGGAAUUUUCGAAAACAUAGUGUGUAGAGAACAAUGUAUAUGUAUAGGCGUAGUAGUAUUUGACAUGUAUUACGAUGAAAUGCGAAUGUAUUGUACAGGCUGCGCGAAAUAAUGCAUAUAUAACUUUGUAAGAUUAUAAUGACUUGUAUUUGCGUGUUCGUACAACAUGUAUAAUGAUGCGAGAGCAAAAACAAUGUAGCAGCAAACAUAAACUUUUUAUUAAGAAUAAUUAUGUAACACUGUGUAACCAGUCGUAAUACAAUUUUUUAUGCACGCUUAAGGCGUA